ACUGCAACCUACAGCUAACGCAAUCAUGGAGCUCAAUGAUGGAAAUCUCCAAACCCUUACCGAGUACUUGCAGAAAACACUAAGCGCUGAUCCAGCUGUGAGGAGGCCAGCCGAGAAGUUUCUGGAGUCGGUGGAGGGAAACCAGAACUAUCCCAUUUUACUGCUCGCAGUACUGGAAAAGUCCCAGAAUGAGGUCAUCCGUGUGUGUUCAGCCGUCACUUUCAAGAACUACAUCAAGAGGAACUGGCGCAUAGUUGAGGAUGAACCCAACAAAAUCUCUGAUCCUGAUCGGACUGCUAUUAAGGCCAACAUUGUAAAUUUGAUGUUGACCAGCCCGGAGCAAAUCCAAAAACAGCUGAGUGACGCUAUCAGCAUUAUCGGGCGGGAAGACUUCCCUUUGAAAUGGCCAGAUCUCUUGACUGAGAUGGUGAACCGUUUUCAGAGUGGAGACUUCCACAUCAUUAAUGGUGUUCUUCGCACGGCACAUUCCCUUUUUAAACGAUACCGGCAUGAGUUUAAGUCUAAUGAGCUGUGGUCAGAGAUCAAGCUGGUACUGGACACGUUUGCACAGCCUCUUACUGAACUUUUUAAGGCUACAAUUGAAUUGUGUCAAACACAUGCAACAGAUAUCAACGCCUUGAAAGUGCUCUUCUCUUCUCUAACACUUAUUUCAAAACUUUUCUACAGCCUUAACUUCCAGGAUCUCCCUGAGUUCUUUGAGGAUAACAUGGAGACUUGGAUGACAAAUUUUCACAACUUGUUGACCCUGGACAACAAGCUGUUGCAAACAGAUGAUGAGGAGGAGGCUGGUCUGCUGGAGCUGUUGAAGUCUCAAAUCUGUGAUAACGCAGCACUUUAUGCUCAAAAAUAUGAUGAAGAGUUCCAGCCCUACUUGCCUCGCUUUGUUACAGCUAUUUGGAAUCUGCUGGUCACAACUGGUCAAGAGGUCAAAUAUGAUUUGCUUGUGAGCAAUGCAAUCCAGUUUUUGGCAUCUGUGUGUGAGCGACCACACUAUAAGCAUCUCUUUGAGGACCAGAAUGUUCUCACCAGCAUCUGUGAGAAGGUCAUCGUACCCAACAUGGAGUUCAGAAGUGCAGAUGAAGAGGCUUUUGAAGAUAACUCAGAGGAGUACAUCAUCAGAGAUCUUGAAGGCUCAGACAUCGACACAAGACGCAGAGCAGCCUGUGAUUUGGUGCGAGGCCUUUGUAAGUUUUUCGAGGGCCCGGUGACGGGUAUCUUCUCUGGAUAUGUGAACUCAAUGUUGGCAGAGUACGCCAAAAACCCUGGUGUGAACUGGAAGCACAAAGAUGCCGCCAUCUACUUGGUUACAUCUCUAGCAUCCAAAGCUCAGACACAAAAGCAUGGAAUAACACAAGCAAAUGAGCUGGUGAACCUGUCAGAGUUCUUUUUAAACCAUAUUCUCAUAGAUCUGAAAUCCCCUAACGUGAACGAGUUUCCAGUUUUAAAAUCAGACGCCAUCAAGUAUGUUAUGACCUUCAGAAGUCAACUUCCUAAAGAGCAGCUGUUGCAGGCCGUUCCUCUACUCGUGUCCCACCUGCAGGCGGAGAGCAUUGUUCAGCACACCUAUGCUGCACAUGCACUUGAGAGACUCUUCACCAUGAGAGGAGGCAACAACACCACCCUCAUCACCCCGACUGAAAUGGCACCCUUCACAGAACAGUUACUCAACCAUUUGUUUAAAGCUUUAGCAAUUCCUGGAUCAUCUGAGAACGAGUACAUUAUGAAAGCCAUCAUGAGGAGUUUCUCCCUCUUGCAGGAAGCCAUCGUGCCCUACAUUCCCACUCUCAUUGGCCAACUCACACACAAGCUCCUCCUCGUCAGCAAGAAUCCCAGUAAACCACAUUUCAACCAUUACCUGUUUGAGUCGCUGUGCCUGUCCAUCAGGAUCACCUGCAAGGCCAAUCCAGACACCGUGAGCAGCUUUGAAGAAGCCCUGUUUCCUGUGUUUACAGAGAUCCUCCAGAAUGACGUGCAGGAGUUCGUGCCGUAUGUCUUCCAGGUGAUGUCUCUACUUCUGGAGAUCCACAGCAACUCAAUCCCCUCCUCCUACAUGGCUCUGUUUCCUCAUCUCCUGCAGCCUGUGCUGUGGGAGCGUACAGGAAACAUCCCUCCGCUUGUGCGUCUGCUGCAGGCCUACCUGGAGAAAGGAGCUGCCGCCAUCGCCAACACAGCCUCUGACAAGAUACCUGGUCUUCUUGGAGUGUUUCAGAAACUCAUCGCAUCCAAAGCUAAUGACCAUCAAGGCUUUUAUCUGCUCAACAGUAUAGUGGAGCACAUGCCUGCGGAAGCGAUCACGCAGUAUAGGAAACAGAUCUUUAUUCUGCUCUUCCAGAGGCUUCAGAGCUCCAAGACCACGAAAUUCGUUAAAAGUUUCCUCGUCUUCAUCAACCUUUAUUCUGUGAAAUAUGGCGCCAUUGCAUUGCAGGAGAUAUUUGAUGAUAUCCAGCCAAAGAUGUUUGGGAUGGUUGUGGAGAAGAUUGUGAUUCCUGAGGUGCAGAAGGUGUCAGGGCAGGUGGAGAAGAAGAUCUGUGCUGUGGGAAUCAUCAAGAUCCUCACCGAGUGUCCCGCCAUGAUGGACACCGAGUACACCAAACUCUGGGCUCCUUUGCUGCAGGCUCUGAUUGGUUUAUUUGAGUUGCCAGAAGAUGACAGCAUCCCAGAUGAUGAGCACUUCAUUGACAUCGAGGACACUCCAGGAUACCAGACCGCUUUCUCCCAGCUUGCUUUUGCAGGCAAGAAAGAGCACGACCCCAUCGGCGACGCCGUCAGCAAUCCCAAAAUCCUCCUGGCUCAGUCCUUACACAAACUCUCCACCGCCUGUCCCGGAAGAGUUCCCUCCAUGUUGAGCACCAGUCUGCCCACUGAAGCUCUUCAGUUCCUGCAGGGUUACCUUCAGGCGGCCACUGUACAGCUGGUGUAGCCACACACUCCUUUACAGACAAAAAAAAAAUGGGGACCUCCGACACUCAAGACUCCCAAAUUGAUCUGACCCAAGAAGAGGCGAGCUGUGGACUCAACAAGAGCAGAGAUGUGCUGCCCAGUGACGCGCGGCCACACAGAACGGCUUUUAGGGGUCGUUUUAAUGCGUUAUGGGAGUGAUGGUCUCUGAUCGUCUCACUGGGUGUCUAAUGUUUGCUUUUUCCUUUGUGUUAGCUGGAGUCCAUUCAACGUGUUCUCUUAAGUUCGGCGUCUCGUCCAAUCACACAUUUGGCAGUAUUUUGAAAUGUCGCCUUUUACAAACGUUAAACAGCACCGGGGUGUUGGCAAACAUCGUGUGGCAUCUUUAAAAGCAUUGGAGAAAUGUUUUUCUGUUCCUUUCCUGUCGUUUUGGAGAAGUUUUUACUGUAUAAACGAGUUGUUCUGCAGAGGAACUGAACUCGUCUGUCUCUCGUUGCAUGUCAUUCAUCAUGUUUUGUCUUCAUUACGUCUUAGUUUUGCUGCUCUAGUUGUUAAUAAAUAAAUGAAGCACUUGUUUAA